AUGGUAGGACCGACGCUGCAAAUCGAGUUAUCGGAGCCCGUCGUGUUCCUGACCGGGACGCCGCCUCAAGAGGGCGGCCCGCCCAUCACCGAGGACACGGAUGCGCCACCGCCGCAGCUGCGAGGCAAAGUCGUCCUGUCGCUGCCCAAGGCGACGCGCGUCAAGGAUAUAAUGCUCUCGCUUACCGGCGUGGGGCGCACCGACUGGCCCGAAGGUAUCGGGCAGAACCGCAUCGAGAUGGCCGAGCAGGUGCCGAUUCUGCGCCUCAAGACGUCCAUCUUCCGAUCGAAUACCGGCAUGCCGAUUGCGCUGGGGCGCGUUCCAGAGACGACGCGCCCCCCGCCCGCGCCGCUGCCGCCGAGUGUGCCCGGAAAAGGCGCAGUGCUUACGCGCCUCGACGAUAUCGGGCGCGAGCGCAGCCACGACGUUCACGCGGCGCUCGCGCAGUCCGGCCCGCGGCGCAAGCAGCCGCUCAAAGGGCUGUUGGAUGGCCUGCGCCUCCCUCCGCUGCCCGGCGCGGACGCGCCGCCGCCGCCGCCGCCGCCGCCGCCCGGUGGCGCGCCGGCCGCGGCCGAGUGGUUCGAGCUGCGCAAAGGGCUGUACGAGUACCCGUUUAGCAUGUCGCUGCCGGUCGACCUGCCCGCGACGCUGCACGCCGACUUUGGGCAUCUCGAGUACAUGCUCAAGGCGACCGUGUACCGCAGCGGCCCCCUCGCUGCGAACCUCACGACCCAGCAAGAGGUGACGCUCGUGCAGAUGCCCGAUGCGGACUCGUCGUGUGCCGCGGACUCGAUUGUCGUGUCGCGGACGUGUGAAGACAUGCUGUCCUACAUGCUGGCCAUCAGUGGCCGCAGCUUUCCGAUCGGCACACAUAUCCCCGUGUCGCUCAAGAUGGUGCCGAUCGGCAAAAUCAGGGUCCACCGCAUCACGGUCGCGCUCGAGGAGCAAACCGACUACUAUGCGAACGAGCGGCGGACGAUGCGGCGCGAAGUCCCCCGCAAGUGGACGAUGCUGCGCCUCGCGGGCGACGCGGGCAAGCCACUCCUUCCUAUCCUAUCAGACGACGCGGACCCCCUCGCGGCCUCGCCGCUGCUGCCAUACAUUGACGCGGCCGCGGCGCAGAACGUGGCGCAGGCCGACGCGAUCCGCGUCGCGCCGCUCGACCCCAACGGCCCGUGGGAGCUCGCGAUGGACCUGUGCGUGAGCAUGGCACAGCAAAAGAAGGUCAACAUCUCGUGCCAGCACCCCAAGUCCAACAUUACCGUGUCGCACCUGCUCAAGAUCACGAUCCGCGUGGAGCGCGGCGACGCGCCCACGCCCACCGCGCCGGGGUCCGUGCCGAUGGCACCCUCCGAGAGCGAGAGUCGCCGCCGCGUCGUCGAUAUCGUGAUUGGCGUGCCGAUCACACUCACGCACUCGCAUACCUCGCUCGAGUGGGUGUCGCUGCCGAGCUACGAGUCGGCCCAGAGCCAGCCGCCGGUGCACGCGCUCCUUCCGCCGAUGGACGUCGUCCACACGCCUCUCCCCCCAGCUACCGACUUUGUCUACACACGCGCGCUCUCCGAGAGCUACCCCGCGACCCCGGCAGAAGCCAGCGACCCUCCCUCCUUUUACUUUGCCACGGCGCCCGCCGGGCGUCCCCCGCGGUAG